UGUGCUUUCAGUUAAAAGGUUUCUGUUGUUGUAGCUUAUGCAGUUGCUCUGUUGCUAUGGAAACGUGACAUCAAAAUGACGUUUCCCGUUUAAAAGCUUUUAACUAAAUUCCUGCCUGUCAGAUGUAGGCCCCAUUUUGAGCGUGGAGCUGCCUUCGAGCGCGCGCGAGCGGCGCCUCCGCCCAUGGUGCGUGGGGCCGGGCCGGGGGCCUCGCUGAGCGCGCUGUCCCACCCCGCAGGCGCCUCCGGCAUGGCAGCGGCCGAGGGGCCCGGCUACCUCGUGUCCCCCCAGGCGGAGAAGCACCGGCGGGCCCGCAACUGGACGGACGCCGAGAUGCGCGGCCUCAUGCUGGUCUGGGAGGAGUUCUUCGACGAGCUCAAGCAGACCAAGCGCAACGCCAAGGUGUACGAGAAGAUGGCCAGCAAGCUCUUCGAGAUGACGGGCGAGCGCAGGCUGGGCGAGGAGAUCAAGAUCAAGAUCACCAACAUGACCUUCCAGUACAGGAAAUUAAAAUGCAUGACAGAUAGCGAGUCCGCCCCGCCCGACUGGCCCUAUUACCUAGCCAUUGACGGGAUCCUGGCCAAGGUCCCUGAGUCCUGUGAUGGCAAACUGCCGGACAGCCAGCCGCCGGGGCCCUCCACGUCCCAGACCGAGGCGUCCCUGUCGCCGCCCGCUAAGUCCACCCCUCUGUACUUCCCGUAUAACCAGUGCUCCUACGAAGGCCGCUUUGUGGACGAUCGCUCCGACAGCUCCUCCAGCUUACUGUCCCUUAAGUUCAGGUCGGAGGAGCGGCCAGUGAAGAAGCGCAAGGUGCAGAGCUGCCACCUGCAGAAGAAGCAGCUGCGGCUGCUGGAGGCGAUGGUGGAGGAGCAGCGCCGGCUGAGCCGCGCCGUGGAGGAGACCUGCCGCGAGGUGCGCCGCGUGCUGGACCAGCAGCACAUCCUGCAGGUGCAGAGCCUGCAGCUGCAGGAGCGCAUGAUGAGUCUGCUGGAGAGGAUCAUUGCCAAGUCCAGCGUCUAGGCCGGCGGGCGGCGGCGGGGCCAGGCAGGGCCGGGUGGCUGGUGGCGCUGAUGGGGCCACCCAGGCCGGGCCACUCAGGCAGGCGGGCACGGGGGCUGCCCUGUGAGCAGGGACCGCCUUCCACCCGGCCUCUGGCAGGAUCCCUUCUGAGGGGUGUUUUGAGGACCCUCCAGGCCCUGGGGACCAUGAGGCUCCAGUCUCCAGCAUGAAUGCCCUUCCUCGGACACAGGCCGGGGCCUCUGGGGUUCACUCCGAGUAAGGACGUCCGAGAUCAACUCUCCAGCGUCGUUACUUGAAGCGGCUUUGAUAGGAAGUGUAUACUUUCUCAUUCUUGCCUGGAAA